GAACCGUCAUAAGCAGUAUAAAAAGCCCCACCCUGUCGCAUUGCUUAAACUUCUCACAUUAGACUCCUAAAGGUCCCUCUGUGAGAGUUGGUCGUAAAUCUACGGUUUCUUAUUUUAUCUUUACUGCUCUUUUAAACACCUAAUCUUAGACAUGCGUGAGUGUAUCUCUGUCCACGUGGGCCAGGCUGGUGUCCAGAUCGGCAAUGCAUGCUGGGAGCUGUACUGUCUUGAGCAUGGGAUCCAGCCCGAUGGCAAGAUGCCCAGUGACAAGACCAUUGGAGGAGGAGACGACUCCUUCAACACCUUCUUCAGUGAGACUGGAGCUGGAAAGCACGUCCCCAGGGCUGUGUUUGUAGAUCUGGAGCCCACUGUCAUCGAUGAGGUGCGUUCUGGAACUUACCGCCAGCUCUUCCACCCUGAGCAGCUGAUCACUGGGAAGGAGGAUGCAGCCAACAACUACGCCCGUGGGCAUUACACCAUCGGCAAAGAGAUUAUUGACUUGGUACUGGACAGGAUCCGCAAACUGGCUGACCAGUGCACUGGCCUCCAGGGCUUCCUGGUCUUCCACAGCUUCGGAGGUGGCACCGGUUCUGGUUUCACCUCCCUGUUGAUGGAGCGCUUGUCUGUUGACUACGGCAAGAAGUCCAAACUUGAGUUCUCCAUCUACCCAGCUCCCCAGGUGUCCACAGCCGUUGUUGAGCCCUACAACGCCAUCCUGACCACCCACACCACCCUGGAGCACUCUGAUUGUGCUUUCAUGGUAGACAAUGAGGCCAUCUAUGACAUCUGCCGUAGGAACCUUGAUAUCGAGCGUCCGUCCUACACUAAUCUUAACAGGUUGAUCAGUCAGAUUGUGUCCUCCAUCACUGCAUCCCUCCGAUUUGAUGGUGCCCUCAAUGUUGAUCUGACAGAGUUCCAGACCAACUUGGUGCCCUAUCCCCGUAUCCACUUCCCUCUGGCCACCUAUGCCCCAGUGAUCUCGGCAGAGAAGGCAUACCAUGAGCAGCUGACUGUUUCAGAGAUCACAAACGCCUGUUUUGAGCCAUGUAAUCAGAUGGUGAAAUGUGACCCACGUCACGGCAAGUACAUGGCCUGCUGUCUGCUGUACCGUGGCGACGUUGUGCCCAAAGAUGUCAAUGCUGCCAUUGCCACCAUCAAAACAAAACGCUCCAUUCAGUUUGUAGACUGGUGCCCAACUGGUUUCAAGGUUGGUAUCAAUUACCAGCCACCAACUGUGGUACCUGGUGGAGAUCUGGCCAAGGUCCAGAGGGCAGUGUGCAUGCUUAGCAACACCACUGCAGUGGCAGAGGCCUGGGCCCGUCUUGACCACAAGUUUGACCUGAUGUACGCCAAGCGUGCUUUUGUGCACUGGUACGUAGGUGAGGGUAUGGAGGAGGGAGAGUUCUCUGAGGCCAGGGAGGACAUGGCUGCCCUGGAGAAAGAUUAUGAAGAGGUGGGUGCAGAUAGUGUGGAGGGGGAGGAUGAGGGAGAAGAAUACUAAACUAUUAGGAUCAGGAAUAUUCAGCCUGUCAACACAUUCAACCUUUUUCCUCAACAUUCCUUCUAAAAAAAAAAAAUUUUUUUGCUGUCCCUUUGUAACCUUGACUUUUAAAUUUUGCUCUCUCCUUUAAGCAAUAAAAGUCCAUUUUAAAUGUU